CCAAAAUCCCCGACCGGCGAGCGGCUCGGAUGCCCCCCCGCCCCAGCCGGGCGCUGGUACAAGCGGUGCCAGGCUCAGGCCAGCCCCGUGCCAGGCUCCGGCCGCCGUCGCUGGUACCCCGUGCGGUGCAGCUGGGCUGGGAGCCGCUUCUGCGGCGCUGCGGGAGGCACAGGGAGGGGCGGUGGGGGCUGCCUUGUGCCGAUCGCACCAGCAGCUCCGGAAAGGUUUAUGCAGGGUCCACCCUGAUCCAUUUUUAUUGGUGAGUCAGUGUCAAGGCAGUUUUCGGGUAAAUAUAUCUUUCAGACAGCUCCGCAGCAGCGACUGGAUCGGAGAAAACCUGGGACAGACGCUACUUUUCUGUUGCUGUUGGAUUUGUUGGAGGCUGUGGGUACCUGCUUGGUGCUGCUUGCAGCAAUAGCUCUAUGCCAGGAGACGGUGACUUCCAGGAGCUCCUCUCUACUUCCAUUAAGGAGGUUCUAUAAAAGUAAUGAUAUAAUUUGGAUUGGCUUAUUUACCUAGAGAAUUUCCUGUUUCAAUCUAUUUCCUUAAAGAGAUGAAGAAAGGACCAGAAAGUGGGGCAUGUACCCUUGCUGCUCCAGGUAAUUUAGUGGAGUCAGAUCCAGACAUUAACAGCAGCAAUGGAACCUCAGCAAGAGAGAAAGACAUCCUUCCUUCUCCUGGAGAACAGGAAAAUCUACCACCGAAGAACAGCACAGAAACAUCCAGAAAAAAACUUUGUGGCUAUUUAAAUAAGUUGGGCAUCAAGGGGCCAAUCAAAACCUGGAAGUCUCGCUGGUUCUUUUAUGACGAAAACAAAUGUCGCUUACUAUACUACAGAACUGCCCAGGACAUUAAUCCCUUGGGGUCUAUUGAUCUCUCCAGCGCCAGCUUUGACUGCAAAAUGGAAAAUGGGGAAGGAGUUUUUGAGAUCAGAACACCAAGCAGAGCUUUUAUUCUGAAGGCAAUCAGCAAACAGGCAAUGAUGUACUGGCUGCAGCAGCUGCAAAUGAGACGUUGGGAAUUUUGCAACACUCAGAGCAGAUUUCCUGUGGGCAGCUCACAGCUUGUGAAUGAACCUCUGGCUGGAAGAACAAAUGUAGUUGACAAUGAAGACUUUCUGCCUCUUGUGAAAACACCAACAGAAGCAGUGGGUUUAAAGGCAGCAUCCUUGCCUGCACCCCAAACGUCUACUGCCUUGCAGAACAUCUCCCUUAAGCACCCAUGGACAGAGAUACAAAACACUGUCUACAAUAUUUGUGGCUCCAGGCAGCUCUGGGGGAACAACGGGAAUGUCUUUAGAUUUGAUGAAUUCCAAGAGCAUCCUGAGAAUGUGGAUGAGGAGCAAGAGGCAGAAGUGGAGACAGGAUGCCCAGUUAAGGAGGGGACCCUGGAAGAUGGGAGGAUGGGGCCCAGGCUGAACUGGAUUAGGAGAGCCAGGUGGAUGAACAGUGGCUUCCUAGGUUCUGAAGAAUUGUCAAGGGAGAAGAACUCAGUGGAUAAAGUGAGUGUCCUUCAGCAACAGAUUCUGACGCUCACAGAGGAAGUCAAGUCACAGAAGGAAUUGGUCAAACUUCUCCACAAAGCUCUGGAGGCAGCCCAGCAGGAGAAGCGAGUAUCUAGCAUGUAUCUCACUGCAGCAGAAGAUAAGGACAGGCUGGAGCUGGUGCGCCACAAAGUGAGACAAAUUGCAGAUCUGACAACUCGACUGGAAGCUCUUGAGCAAGAAAAGAAGGAACUGGAGCAGAUACUGACUUUGAGAGACAGCCAUAUCCAGGAGCUCAAGGAACAUGUGCAGCUUCUGAUGGAGAAGAACCAUGCCAAACAGGAAGUCAUCAUGACCUUGACAGAGCAGAUGGCUCGAGAGCUCUCUGACCCCCUGCAAGAAGCCAACACUAUCACUGUAGAGACAUUGUAUAAGCAGCAGGAGGAGAUUGAGCAUCUGAAGGAUGAUAUUGAUGCAUACAAAACCCAGAACCAGUUUCUCAAUUCAGAGAUCCACCAAGUUACUCGACUCUGGACAAGUGUUGCUGAGAAUGAAAAGGCCCUUCUGAUGAAGUGUGCCUGCCUGCAAGCAAGAAACUGCCAGAUGGAGAGCAAAUACCUGACAGUCUUAAGAAAGCUGCAGGAAGCUGUGCCUGGCCUGCCCAGCUCACAUGCUGAAUUGGUGAAGAGCCUCAUCCAGGAAGCUCUGCAGUGGGAUGUGAAGGAAGAAGCAGAAGAAAGUUUUAACUUAAAUCCUGUAAGCGAGUAUGAUGAGUAUGGGUUUAUGACUGUACCUGACUAUGAAAUUGAGGACUGGAAACUCCUGGCCAAAAUCCAAGCCCUUGAGAUAAAGUCCAACAAACUGCGGAGCCAGGAAAUAGUGGAGAAGCCCCUCCGUGACAGAUGGAACAGCAUCGGAGAGCUGAACCCCUCUGCAGAGCUGAAGAAUCUGAUCCGAAGUGGCAUUCCAGUGGAGCAUCGGCAGCGGGUGUGGAGCUGGAUGGUCAGCCGGCACUGCAGCCCUGUGCCUGGCCACUACCAGCGGCUGCUGGAGCAGAGCAGGAGCACUGAGCACCCUGCCUGCCGGCAGAUUGAGCUUGACCUGCCCCGCACACUGACCAACAACAAGCAUUUUUCCUGUCCCACCUCACAGCUCAUCCCCAAGCUCCGGAGGGUGCUAUUGGCAUUCUCCUGGCACAAUCCUGCCAUUGGAUACUGCCAGGGAUUGAACAGAUUGGCAGCUGUUGCUCUUCUGGUCCUAGAAGAUGAGGAAAGCGCUUUCUGGUGUCUAGUUUAUAUCGUGGAGAACCUAAUGCCAGCAGACUACUACAGUGACACACUAAUAACAUCACAGGUAGAUCAGAGAGUCUUCAAAGACUUCCUGUCUGAGAAGCUGCCUCGCCUCAUGGCUCAUUUUGAGCAGUAUCAGAUUGAUGUCUCACUCAUCACUUUCAACUGGUUUCUGGUGGCCUUUGUGGACAGCCUGGUCAGCGACAUACUCCUGCGAGUGUGGGAUGCCUUCUUAUAUGAGGGAACCAAGGUCAUUUUCCGCUAUGCUCUUGCAAUUUUUAAAUACAAUGAGGAGGAAAUCCUAAGAAUUCAUGACAGUGUGGAGAUCUACCAGUAUCUACGGUUUUUCACAAGGAUGAUCACGGAUGGCAGGAAGCUGAUGAACAUUGCCUUCAAUGACUUAAACCCCUUCCCCAUGAAACUGCUGAGGAACCGCCGGUCAAUGCACAGGGAAGAGCUGGAGGCAGAGCUGUGUGAACUUGAACAGAUCAAGGCAGCCUACGUGAAAGAGAGAGCAGAGCAGAGACCUCAGGACCUGAAGGAGGUUGUUAGUGAAGAGGAAGAAGAGAGCUAACAAAAAGAGAAUUUGUCAUCACUUCCCUCCCAUCUUGCAGUAGGUCAUCGGUAGCAUCUGUCAGUAAGAAAUGGACCAGAGGGGGAAGUGUGGUCACAGGAGUUUAUCUGCCCCAGUAAGCAAGGAUGUACUAUGGCACCUUUAGGAGACCAAGUCAGACUUUAUAAUAGAUGAGAAGGUGUCAGAGGAGUUUUAUACUCUUUUGUUCUUCUCCCCAUGUAGCCCAUCCUGUCCUGUGCAUAUCAGGAUUACAGCUGAGGGUGCAAAGGAAAUAUCAGUUGUGGUAUCAUGACAGGAACUGACAAGGUGCAAAAGACCCAACCAAGCAGGGCUUUUAUACAUUUUCUGAUAGUGGCUUGAAUUAGAUCUUUAUCUACAAGUAAAAUCUCCAGAAAUAAUGAAUUGAAAACACUCCUUCAUUGUUACCUAAAGCUUCUGAAUUGGUCAGGAAAAAACCUUCUCUUAGAGGGCAUGGUGCCUUCAGGGUCUAGCCUGCCAUGUCUGUGUGUGUUUAUAACAUUGUUACUGAUGAAGACACUGUUUCCAGAUGAGUGCUGGGUCUGUGGGGGUUCUGAAAGCUGGCGGACAUCAUCCCAUGGGACUCAGGCUGGGACAAGGAAACAGAUUGUGGCAGAGUGAAGUUGCUUCUCCAGUUUGGCUCCUGCAGGAAGUUCAUGGGAGCACAAGGUGUGUCUCCUGCUUGGCUGGGAAAUGUUUAGCUUUGAGGCCCUGGCAUCACUCUGUGCUGGUGAGUUUGCUCCAUAGAGAAACUCUUUUCUCUGUAUGAAACCAACCACAGCCUGCCUGCAGGCAAGGCCUAGUGUUAUGUGGACUUUGUCUGGGGAUGAUAGGGUUUUCUGAUAGCCUCAUUUCUGGCCAUCUCUCUGCCCCACAAUUACAGUCCUCACAAUUACACUGAUAUCCCUCUCUCUGACUCCCAUUCAUUAUGGAAGAGACAAAGGCUUUUCUGUAGUUUAUGAUAUUUGAAAGUGUUUUAUCCAUGGCAUAUGGCUGGGAACAAAGUCACAAAAGAUGACUUGAUAUUCUUUAGAAAAAAAACAUGAAUGUCCCCUGAAUCAAGGAGCUGGGCUCCAUGGGUCUAGCACACAGAGAUGCCCUAUCUGCCUCAGCGAAUGGGGUCUGAUAGCCUUCUGCCCUGCCUCCCAGGCUUGUCCAUUCCCUGGGCUAGAUAUGCUGCCUGUGCAGCUCAGCCCUCCACAGAUCCAGGAUGAGUCAAGUAUUUAGAUAAAUACAACUUAUUUUCCUAUCUUUGCCAGAUCCUGCUGCCCCACUUUCCUGCUGAGUGGUGCAUUACUCCAGGUGUGCCUGCACUGACAGCAUGCAGCAGACCCUGCUAUAAGGGGGGCUCUGCUCUAUGUUUUUAGAUUGACCUUUAACGUUUUAAACAUGUUGUGGUUGAUAACCCAACCCUUCAAGUUUUCAGUGCUUGCAGAGGAAGGAAUUUCUUCAAAAUUUUGGAGAAAAAUUCAUGGCCCACAGUGUUCUCAGCCCUGUGGGCUGUAGCCAAGAUGACAGACUCUAGGGGAAACAGUGCCUAUUCACCUGAGACAUGUGGUCUGCUCCGUGGACAACUCAGCCAAUUUCAAUGAAUUACAGAAGACUGGGAUGGGAGAGACCUGUGGAGGCAAACCACACAGCAGAGAAGUAAUCAAAGUGGAAGUGGUGUUUUGGGAAGAGUGGAUUGAUUGCCUGAAUGUCAAUUAGAGCUGCACACAUUGAAAGUGUGGGAUGAGAAGAAAAUGUUACUGGAAUCCUACUGUAAUAUCUCAAAAAAAUGAACUCAUUUUAAAACUAUGCCAUCUAGAUAGGGAAGUAUAAAAGACAGAACAUUUUUCUUCAUAGAGGAUAUUGCUAAUCUAAUUUAUUUAUACUCUUGUAUUGAUAAGUGCACACAAAGUUUUGCUAUUGUUACAGACAUUAUCUUCUAAAUCAAGGCCAUGAAAAUUAGAAGUUUACUUACAAUUUUAUUUCAUAGAGCUUUCUGCAAUAGCUUAAAAAGCUUUCCUCCUGACUUGCCCUUAUGUUUAUUAAUAAAGGCCUUUGAAACAUGUAUUAUUAGACUAAACCACAGCCUGACAUAUGCCUACAGUAUAUAAUAGAUAUGGGUCUAUGUGAUACAUGAACUCUUCUGAAGUAGACAUAAGCAUCAAGAUAUUGACCCUGAUGAGGAACUCUUUAAUUAUUCAAUUAAAUUUAAUUCAAUUAAAAUAAUUUUUAAUUGAAAUAGGAAGGGAAGGAGAUGUGAGGGUUGUUGUAAGUUUCUUUUAUUUUGUGUCUUCCUCAGCUCUUGGUUUUGGUCCACACAUAUUUGCUAAGGACCAUUUCCUCUGUUCGUAUUGAUAACCAGUCACUUGUGGUCAUCCUUUAUUAAACUAUGAAGGAUGUGGGAAUAUCUGCAAGGCCUAUACAGAUCUGCACCUUAGAGCCAAGCUCACAUGUCCUCAUGGACCCUCAUCUGCUUUCCUUCUGCUUCACAAACUUCAGUGGUACUGAAAAGAGCUGAAGUCAGGUCACAGAAUUGCAGUUGGGUCAGACGCAAAUCCCUCAGGCCCCUGCAAGACCUGCAGUGACUAUCAGUCAGUGCCACGGGUGUUUCGAGCCUCUUGGUUAUCUGUGCAGUCCUCAAGAGUGAUUUGUGCUGCCACUACCAAUUGUGGCUGGGAAACAGUUUGACCUGGUUAUGCAGCCCAGGAGCUCCUUCUGCCUGUGCUGGCUCCUGUGGAUAAAACAGGUGUCUUUCUAUCCAGAGUCAGUCUUUGCUGAGUUUUGCUGUACGCAUAACAUUACUUAAAGCUAAAUUAAUUCUGUCUCUGCAUUAACCAAAACCUUGGGAUAUCAUCUCCAGCCCUAAAAAGGACGAGGAUUUUGAUUUUCACACCCACCCUCCUCCCUAUGAUGUCCCAUUAACUGGUAGUUUACUUUGUUGCAGGAUCUUGUGGCCGCUAAUAGUUCAUAGGGUUUAAGAGGAUAAAUUAGUGGAGUGGUGCCAAACACAAAUAAAGCCACUGCUGGCUCAGUAAAUCCCUGAGAGGCUAAAAAAGAGAGGCCAUGAAGCUUCCCUUCUUUACCCCUUUUUGGCCUGGGUGGUGUUGGGCUGGCAGGAUCUGUACCUUCAUAUGCUGUGGCUAAGCCCUGUAUUCUGGCAUGCUGCUGUGGUAAGAGGCACUACUUACCACAGCAGUAAGGGGAGGUUGUUUCUGGGUUAAUGUUUAGUCUAAGCUUGAGCUUCUCAUCCAGGGUGAAGGUGAGAGCUAAGGGGCAAGGCAUUUUCUGUGGGUGGAUAACAACACCACCCUGUAGCACGAGCUAUACCACAGUGCUGAAUUUCUCUUCCAGUCUGCAGGCUGGGCAACCUUCUGCCACCAUCACAGACACAAGGCAUGGGGCUUGCUCUCUUCCCAUUUAAGAGCUCACUUGUGGCCUGAGACAAUGCUGAGACUUCUCCACUGUCUCCCAGUGAUAAGAGCUCCUUUACAAAACAUUAGCUCUGUUUGGUCUAGGGGCAUGCCAAGUGCAAGAAAACAAACCACUUUCCCAUGACUGAGCCACAGUGCUAAAGCUGAUAUAGUAUCAUGCCAUUCAAGAUAAUUUAACCCCUUUCCUAGAGUGAGAGGCUGUGGCCUGCACAGAGAUUAUCUGUGUGCUUUCUAUCCAACCUCAGGAGCUUCCAGAGGGGAAAACACUACACCAGGUUAGUCAGUGCAAAAGAAAGUAUCCCUAACCAUGACACAUUUGGGGUGAAUGGUCCCCUGUUCUGCUGCAGCCAGAUGUUUGCUUUGGUCACAUGGUCCACUAGCUUUGAGACGAAGUCCCUAUUUCUCCCUGUUACUAAAUGACAGCUUCCUGUGAAGUGCAAAGUCUGCCUUUGAGACUCCAGCUGUUGGAUCAAUAUCUGCCGUGGUUCUGAGCUUAACUUUUAUGACACAGAACCUCUGGCACAUUCUGAUGUCAAGCUGUUGGAAGCUUUGAGACUUGGAGAAAUAUCCAGGGUAAGUGGAAUUAAAUUUCAAGCCCCCUUGUAAUACCAAAAUAGGCCAUAUCAAAACUUUCUAACACAGUUUUGAGUAUUAGAAAGCAGCAUUCUUUAUAGCAGUGUGCUGGUCACUUGGAGAAUCCUUCUUCUAACUGAAUGCCCUGAGUGUUGGGUAAAUGCUCAAAACGGUGAGUUUUUGUCAUACACACUGAUGACAUACUCGCUGGCUAUCCCUGCUCACUUGGUGUAUGUGCAUUAGUUCAUUUUACAUAGUCACACCCUCUUUUUGGAAGUCCUUAUAUGGUUCUUUGGGGUUUGCCUUCAAUGUCCAGUGUCCUUUUUAGGUGGCUGUUCCUCAACCUCCAUUUUGAGUAAGUGCAGUAGCAUUGCUUUGCAUAACUUUGGCUUUGUCAGCCUUGCGAAGCUAAGCUGGCAUCCUGUUGUGUUUUGCAUGACUUGUUUUGUCUACUUCUAGAAGACUACAUUGUUCCCUUUAUUUGAUAAGAGUAUAAUGUUGUUCUGUUCUACUGUCCUUAUAAUUUGGGAAAAAGUAGGACUUGGCCCAACAUCACAAUUCCAUGCUGAAAAUAGUGCCUAUGUUCUUUUUCUUUUACAAAGUAAUUUUGUUAGUUGAAAUGUGUUGUCUAUGGGCAGCAUUUUGCUGGGAGGAAAAGUUCCAAAACAAAAUUAAGUCCAAUUGAUAUUUUUU